ACUCAUAAAUACAUAUGAAUAACUAAAAAAUACAUAUUCUUUUGUUGCUUCAAUUCACUUCAAUUUUCAGGUGCAAUGGGUAAACCAAAGAGAGAAGAAUCAAGUGAGAAGAAGGAAGAACUACACGUAGCAGCUCGAAAUGGAGAUCUAAACGCAGUACAAACACUAUGUACUACUAAUCCCUUAUCAGUCAAUUCUAGGGAUAAACACUCUCGUACACCGCUCCAUCUAGCGGCGUGGUCUGGGCAUGCCCAGAUAGUGGAUUAUCUCGUCAAAAACAAAGCUGAUGUUGGCGCUGCUGCUAUGGACGACAUGGGUGCAAUUCACUUUGCUGCUCAAAAAGGACACUUGGAAGUUGUUAGGCUUCUUGUUAGUUCUGGAGUAUCCGUCAAAUCAUGCAAUCGCAAAGGUAUGACUGCCCUUCAUUAUGCUGCCCAAGGAUCUCACCUGGAACUCGUAAAGUAUUUGCUGAAGAAAGGUGCAAAUCCCAACGCUAAAAACAAGGCAGGGAAAACCUCCAUUGAUCUCGCGAGCGAUGAAGAAGUCAGCUCCAUUUUAGGUCAACCUGGAACUGCAUCCUCCAAAGAAGGUGCAAACAAGGCUAAAUCCGAAUCAGAAUCAAAAUCAUUUUCGAAGGCGAAGAUAGAGAGGUCUGACGACAAAGGUGCUGCAACUGAGGAAGGAGAAAUAGACGCCAAGAAAGAUGAAUCGCUCAAGAGAAAAGCCAACGAAGAUGAAACGAACGACAAGUCAACAGAAACAAAGAAGGCGAAAGUUGCGUUGAAUCAUCUUCUAGCUGCAGAUGACAACCAGGAAGAUGAAGAAAAUCUUUGAGCACUGGAAGAAUAGGCUCCUUAGUUACUACAAUUGUCACUGACUUGUAAACUAACUAAUCUACUAGCUUUACAAAGAGCAUCUUAUAGAUAUAUGUGUUGUUUUCCUUUAAAAGAAGUGGAACCAUUAUGUUAUUGUGUAACUUGAGUUGGUGAAUGGAAACUGUGCCUAAGACUUUAUCAUUGA